CCUGUAUGAAUCAAUCUGUGGAAUUCGUGGGAGGCAACCGCAGCAAGAACCCAAGCGUGAACCUUGGUCCUUGGAUGCUCCACUGCGUCGAAAUCGUGGAAAGGAAUCUAGGGCUUCCCGCCUUCGAUCCCGAUCCGAUCUUUCUUCCCUCUCUACUCUAACCAGACCGUGCUUGGACCCUAUAAUCCGUCUUAAUUAUCAUAUUCUCUUGUUUUUUCCUAUAUGAUUGACAUCUAUUAUUGCCAAUCUCCUAUAUAUAGUCUCUUGGUCUCGAUAUAAUUGCCGAAAAUGCACGAAAUGUCACACAUGGGCCCUCGGGCCUUCAAUCAUGAACAGAGCGGCGAUGCCGAAGCAGAAUAUGAUCGCCUCCGCGACCUAGCGAGACAAGAGGCCUCGAAGCGCGGCUCGUGUUUUCAACGGUCUCAAGAAGCGUACAGCAAUGGCGACGGCGCAGGGGCCAAAGAACUGUCGGAACAGGGCAAAGCCCACGGUCGCAAAAUGGAGGAAUACAACCGCCAGGCAUCCGAGUUCAUUUUCCGCGAGAACAACGCCAAUGGGCGCGUCGAGCCUGAUACCAUCGAUCUGCACGGUCAAUUCGUGGAGGAGGCCGAGGAGAUCCUGGAAGAGCGCAUUAAAUAUGCGCGGCAGCACGGCCAGAACCAUCUUCAUGUAAUCGUCGGAAAAGGUAAUCACUCCGCGCACCAUGUGCAGAAGAUCAAGCCCCGCGUCGAACAAGUCUGUCGCGAACUCGGCCUCCAGUACUCCACCGAGGAGAAUGCCGGACGGAUCUACGUCAAUCUCACCGGCGGACCGGCUGAUAUGCCCUCCUCCGGUGGUUAUCCUUCGCAACACCAGUACCCCGGACAACAGCACCAGCAGCCGCAUCACCAGCAACCACAACACGAGCAGCAACAGCAGCAGCAGCAGGACCCUGUGGAACAGGUGGUCAACGCCGUUCUUCCGCGCGUCAUGCGCAAGCUGGAGAAGGCUUGCUGUGUGGUUAUGUAGGAAAGCGCAUGGUACAAUCGAUACAUAUUGGCUAUAAUAUUUUGGAUGACAUGGAAUAUUGGUGGAUGACGGUACUGUCUUAUUUUUCCUGGAGUAUGAAUGGAUUAUUCAUGCGAAUUUUGGAUCAUUAUACCCAGGGGCGCUUGGUUUCUUUUUCUGGGGUUCAACAAAAGAGCUUACAUACCUCUUAUAUACUAAACUUUUACGCCUGCCGGAUGGAAAUUACGGGUUACGGUUAGAG